AUGAGAGCUUUACCACGUACCGAUAAUAAUUCUGAUUUGAUGAGGUUUCAGAUAGCUUGGGAUGGAUUUGCGGAGCAGGAAAAGUGGAAUGAAAAUGAAAAGAAUUGUCAUUCUGAAGAGCUCUAUACAGGUUCCACAAAUGAGGAUCGGGGGACAAAAACUUCCCCUGCAUCACGCGCAGAGCCUGAUUUUCGACUUGCCUACACUUCUAUACAUGAAAAGAAAGAUGCGAUCAACUUAGCUUUGUUGACAGAUGAUGAGUAA